UGAUAUAAGUACGUGGUUGUUCCGGUGAAAAGUGGAUUUUGCUGCUUCAAGGCAGACGGUUUUAGGACAGAAUUUAUAAUGUUUUAAUCAAGAAAUGUAUAUAUUUCUAAGAUUAGCCGAAUUAACGUAACAAUACAAUGAGACCUUUAUGUCUUUCUUCUGUGAGCUCGGCACUGUAACGCCUUCUCCUGCUGCCAAGCUCUCCAUCGACUGAAGAAACAAUGCAGGCCUAGCUAGCAUCUAGCGUUAGCUAGCGGAAGCUAAUCGGAUAACGCUGUUACAGCAGACUGCAGUGGGAUUUAAACCUUGGAUGAAGCAGUUUUUCGACGCUGUAACAACACCCAAUCCGCCAUGAGCUCUCAGCUGCAGGUCUUCUCUCCUCCCUCCAUCUCCUCCAGUGCCUUUUGCCGUGUGAAGAAGCUGAAGGUGGAGAGCAAUGUUUGGGAUGUAUCCACCACUGAAACCUACAACUCCAUAGCAGGCCAGACAGCAUACACCUUUGCCCCAGCCAUGGCUGUGCCACCCUUUGCACCAUCACUGGUCUUCCCCCCUGCAGCACCUGGCUCCAGAGGUCAAGUGGUGGUGCGGGCAGCUGAUAGCACUGGUAGUCUUCCACGCGGAUCCAGCCGGCGUGUCACAGAGCAGCUGACGUCUUCCUCUUAUGCUCAUGCUGAGAUGUCCUCUGAAACAAGGGGGCACAGGCACGGGCAGAAGAGAAAGCUCGAGGAAGCCAAUGAAGGCAGCGGGAGUGGAUGUGGCAGUGUCCAAAUAUUGGAGGAGCUUUCUGCUCCUGCAGCAACUUACUCCACCCGUACAGGUGGCGGUGGAGGGGGCACAGGCCAGUCUAUACCCCACUCGGCCCCAACCACCAAGAGCAGUAGCUCCAAUGGUGAAGGGGAUUAUCAGCUAGUGCAGCACGAGAUCCUCUGCUCUGUGUCCUGCAGCUAUGAAGUGCUGGAGUUUUUGGGAAGAGGCACAUUUGGACAAGUGGCCAAGUGCUGGAAGCGGGGCACCAAUGAGAUUGUGGCCAUCAAGAUCUUGAAAAACCAUCCAUCAUAUGCGCGUCAGGGCCAGAUUGAGGUGGGCAUCCUGAACCGGCUGAGUGCAGAGAACGCAGAUGAAUACAACUUUGUGCGUUCCUAUGAAUGUUUCCAACACAAGGGCCACACCUGCCUGGUGUUUGAGAUGCUGGAGCAAAACCUGUAUGACUUCCUCAAGCACAGCAAGUUCAGCCCACUCCCCCUACGGCACAUCAGACCCAUCCUACAGCAGGUGGCUACAGCGCUGAUGAAACUGAAAAGCCUAGGUCUGAUUCAUGCAGACCUGAAGCCUGAGAACAUUAUGCUGGUCGACCCCCUUAGACAGCCCUACAGGGUGAAGGUGAUUGAUUUUGGCUCGGCAAGUCAUGUGUCCAAAGCUGUCUGCUCAACCUACUUACAGUCUCGCUACUACAGGGCUCCAGAGAUCAUUUUGGGCCUGCCGUUCUGUGAGGCCAUUGACAUGUGGUCUUUAGGUUGUGUGAUAGCUGAGCUGUUUCUGGGUUGGCCUCUGUACCCUGGAGCCUCUGAGUACGACCAGAUUCGUUACAUUUCUCAGACUCAAGGCCUGCCCGCAGAAUACUUGCUGAGUGCUGGCACUAAGACUGUUCGUUUCUUCAAUCGAGGACCCGAUUCUAGCUACCCACUCUGGAGGCUUAAGACUCCAGCAGAGCAUGAAAUGGAGAUGGGCAUCAAGUCCAAGGAAGCUAGGAAGUAUAUCUUCAACUGUCUGGAUGACAUGAUGCAGGUCAACUUGUCUUCUCAUUUGGAGGGGACAGACAUGUUGGCUGAGAAAGCUGAUAGACGAGAGUUUAUUGACCUCUUGAAGCGGAUGCUCCGUCUGGAUGCAGACAAACGGAUCACACCCACAAAAACUCUGGGUCACCCCUUUGUCACAAUGAGCCACCUCGUGGAUUAUCCCCACAGCUCCCAUGUGAAGUCCUGCUUCCAGAACAUGGAGAUCUGCAAGCGUAGGAGCUCCUACGAUAGCAGCAAAUCCCUGUACUCCACCAAUGCAGUCCCAAGUGCUGCAGCAGGCAACCUCACUGUUACCUUCAGUAGCCAGCUCAACCAGCAUAACCAGGUGCCUUCUGCGGGGGGAGCGGUUCCUUUGCUGAACUACCAGCCAGCUCUGUACCAGCAGGCGACUAUCAACAUUCCCGGGCUGGCUCAGCAGAGUGUCCCGAUUCCAACACGACCCGCUGGGCUGUGCAGCCAGACAGAACCCUUCCAGCAGACUCUCAUCGUCUGCCCUCCCUCCACUAUUCAAGGGCUACAGCCAUCCAGUAAGAGUUCCAGUUUCCCUGUGAGGAUGGAGAACUCUGUACCCAUAGUACCUCAGAACCAGUCUGCUCAGUCGUUGCAGAUCCAGCCAAGCAUGCUCACACAGGGUUCCUGCACACCCCUGAUGGUGGCCACCCUGCACCCACCCUCAGCAGGCAUAGCCCCCCAGUAUUCUCUGCCCCUCGGGCUGGGCGCCGGGGUGGGUCGGCCCGCCCUUCUGGAGCACACAGCCACAGUGCUGCAGGCCUGGCCCACUGGCACCCAACAGAUCCUCAUACCGUCAUCAUGGCAGCAGGUCCCAGGUGUGGCCAUCCACAGCUCUGCCCACCAGUCAAAUGUGGCUGAAUCACCCCUGGAAACGCUUGAUGCUUCCACACAGCAGGGACACAACUGGAGGAGCACCACCCAAGCCAGAAGCCAGCAGGAGAGGAAGAAGGUGAAAGCCAGACGUGGAGAGAACAGAAACAGGGGCAUAUCCACUGCAUCAUUACUCAGCAGCAGUGGCGUGACCCCACCCAGCUCCAGCGCCACGUUGUCCCAGCCAAUCGUCAUCUCCGACACGCCCAGCCCGGCGGUCAGCAUCAUCACUAUUCACAGUGACACCGACACAGAGGAUGAGCGCAAGUUCCAUCCCGCCAGUGUCAGUCUGAGCCAGCGCACAAACGUUAUCAGCUGCGUGACGGUGCACGACUCGGACUCGUCGACAGCUAGCCCCCUGACUCCUCUACCCCGCGCGCUGAACACAGCUAGCGCCAUGUCAUCGCGCCAGGCCAAGUCUCUCGCUGUGGUGGUUCCUUCGGUCAAAACCCAGGGGUCUGAGAGGGGAUCAGCUUCACGUGCACGUUCAGAGACUGUUAACUACAUGAAACCUAAGAGAACAUCCAACCGACAGCCCUGCAGUUCUGGGGAGAGUGUGGAGCGUCACGGGCUGGUGCCAAGCCAGUCACACCCCUUAAACCUCAGCCAGGUUCAGCCGGUGGUGUCUUCAUCUCAGGAGCGUUCCCACAGUGACUCAUCUUUGCGCCGCCAGCAGACGUUCCCUCCUGCCAUCUCGGCCUCUCACUACAACUUCCCCGAGGUGUCCGCCUUGACCUCGGCCUCGGCCCCUGGUCCCAGCCUGUACACGUACCCAGCCUCCGCCACCCUCCCCUCAGCCUCUCAGGCAAUGGAGCAGCUGCUGAGCCGCGGUCACGGCAGCCACGGCCACUCCCCCUCCGCCUAUGCAGCAACGUACACCUCAUCCUCCUCCUCCUCCAGGAGGGACUCAGCCAGUCGGAAGGACUCAGUCAGUAGUCUGCUUCACAACCUCCCGGCAGCCUACCAGCAUCAGUUUGCCACUGGUUCUCCAUACGUUAGUGUGACGCCCCGGGCUGAGGCUUACAGUGCCUACCAGCUAAGUCCCAGGCGCCUCACACAAUACCCUUACCUAUAGGGAGUCGCACACACUUUGAACAAAGAGAAACAGCAAAAUCUACUUCCCCACAUACUAUCACAAAUGAACUUUUAAACUGUUGGUCUCUUAUUUGUUUGCUGCUUUUGACUUCAAGGUGAUGUUUUGCCUCAUUCACAUGCUCUUUUGGACUGUUUUUAGUGUUUUUGAAUUUUUUUUUUUUUAACAUUAUUAUAUAGGGUAUCAGUUCAUUUUCUUUUAAAAAUAUUGUUUAUAACCGAUAUUUUAUCCCAGUCCUAACCAGAAGUACAAUUAAGGCAUUGUGGUUAAUGUAUUUUACUCAUCUUGAGGUUCUGUGUUAAGAGUUAUUAUCCUCCUGUCACAAGCUGCGACAACACUUUAGGCGAGCGAUUUAAAUGCCUGACGCACAGGGCUAGUGAAGGGCUAGCUGACCAGGUUAAAAGUCAUUAGUUUUUCAUUAGCCUUGUUAAAAUGUUUUUACACUAAUCCAGUGAGGCCCUGUGUUUUUACCUAACAUAACAAUGACUGUACCUUAACCAUGUCCUUUUAUUCAAAAAUGUGUCUUUUACUGUAUUUAAAUUAUGUUUUGUCAGUGUGAGGUAGGAAGAGGAAGGUCCAUGAAGAUGUCGAAUGAGAGAACAGUGUGGUGAAAACUGUGAUGGAUAUAUGUUUAAUUUAAGUGUACAUGUGAUAGUAUGUUAAUGUAGUGACAGUGUUUGUUUAGGCAGGAUUAAUCAUUUCCUUAUGCAAUAGAAACUCUUUUUUAAAAAAAAAAGAAAAAAAAACUGCAUCAACUAAGUACUGAAUGUAUUUAUGAAGUACAGAGGAUCACCAUCUCGAGGAGUGAUGUGAAAGACGUGAGCUUUUGUUUUGAAAUCGCAAAAAAAAAUAGAAAAACAAACUUCCUUCCCUACUUUCUCUCCUUGAAAUAUGAAAAAAAAAAAAUCACAUGGACUGAAAAAUAUUCUAUAUCUGUGAAUCCUGACUGUGUAGUACCUGCUUUUAAUGGAGAAAAAAAAAAUGGAUUUAUGGCCAGUUUGUACUGUUACCCCUUGACACUUUGGAAAAUCUCACUAGGAAGUUAUGACAGACUACCUACACUGCUGUACAAUGACUGAUUUUAGAAAAGAAAAAUGAUAAGAAUGAUAGGAACCUGAUCUGUUAGCGGUUGUUCAUUGUCUGACAAGGAGCCAUUUUAGCAGUUUCUUAUAGUAAGUCAAAGGUGGCGCUGUUCACUUUUAACACUCACUGAUGCGUUGCGAAAGAGGCCACCGCGGCUUCAGUCUUGUCUGAGGAUAAAAUGCUGAAAGUCAUUGUUUCCCCCCCCACAUAAAGAUUACCACAGCGUGGAUACAACAGUCACGCUAUUUUGGUCUGAAUUCAGACUUGAAGCCAUUUCCUGCCACCAUCUUUAGUUAAAAGAGGUGAAUCUCGGGAUGGUUUCUGUGGUUUAUGAAAGCUUUUCUUUUCUCUUUUGUUUUUUUUCUUUCAGUUUAGUAAACCCCUUCCCUGUUGUGUUUGCAUCAGUUUUGUGUUGUAAUGUCUGAAUAUUUAACUGUAUUUCAUCUUAACGUAGUAUAGUUAAGAGGCUAUUUGGUAGAACUAAAUUCAGGGAAAAAGGUUUCAGCUCAAAUAAUCCACUGUCACUGUUUUCAAUAAAAUAACCACAAAUUCAGAA